CGAGCAGCGGCCCGGCACCGGCGCCUUCCCGGCGGGCAAGCAAGUCAUGGAGCUACGUGUGGGGAACAAGUACCGCCUGGGCCGGAAGAUCGGCAGCGGGUCCUUUGGAGAUAUUUACCUGGGUGCCAACAUUGCAUCUGGCGAAGAGGUGGCCAUCAAGCUCGAAUGUGUGAAGACGAAGCACCCCCAGCUGCACAUUGAGAGCAAGUUCUACAAGAUGAUGCAGGGAGGAGUGGGGAUCCCCUCCAUCAAGUGGUGUGGGGCCGAGGGCGACUACAAUGUCAUGGUCAUGGAGCUGCUGGGGCCCAGCCUCGAAGACCUCUUCAACUUCUGCUCCCGCAAGUUCAGCCUCAAGACGGUGCUGCUCCUGGCCGACCAGAUGAUCAGCCGCAUUGAGUACAUUCACUCCAAGAAUUUCAUUCACCGAGACGUCAAGCCUGACAACUUCCUCAUGGGGCUGGGGAAGAAGGGCAACCUGGUGUACAUCAUCGACUUUGGCCUGGCUAAGAAGUACCGGGAUGCCCGCACCCACCAGCACAUUCCCUACCGGGAAAACAAGAACCUGACUGGCACUGCCCGCUACGCCUCCAUCAACACCCACCUGGGCAUUGAGCAAAGCCGCCGAGAUGACCUGGAGAGCCUGGGCUAUGUGCUCAUGUACUUCAACUUGGGCUCCCUGCCCUGGCAGGGCCUCAAAGCGGCCACCAAGCGCCAGAAGUAUGAGCGGAUCAGUGAGAAGAAAAUGUCAACGCCCAUUGAGGUCCUGUGCAAAGGCUACCCCUCUGAGUUCUCAACAUACCUCAACUUCUGCCGCUCCCUGCGGUUCGAUGACAAGCCUGACUACUCCUACCUGCGCCAGCUCUUCCGCAACCUCUUCCACCGGCAGGGCUUCUCCUACGAUUACGUCUUUGACUGGAACAUGCUUAAAUUCGGUGCAGCCCGGAACCCCGAGGACAUGGACAGGGAGCGGCGAGAACACGAGCGCGAGGAGAGGAUGGGGCAGCUGCGGGGGUCCGCGACCCGGGCCCUGCCCCCCGGUCCCCCCACGGGGGCCACUGCCAACCGGCUCCGCAGCGCCGCCGAGCCUGUGGCUUCCACCCCAGCCUCCCGCAUCCAGCAAGCUGGCAACACUUCUCCCAGAGCGAUCUCACGGGUCGACAGGGAGAGGAAGGUGAGCCUACGGCUGCACCGGGGGGCGCCCGCCAACGUCUCGUCCUCCGACCUCACUGGGCGGCAGGAGGUGUCCCGGAUUUCAGCCUCACAGACAAGCGUGCCAUUUGACCAUCUGGGGAAGUGAGGAGGAGCCACCACCAGACCAGUGUUUGCUUAGUGUCUUCACUGUAUUUUCUUU